AUGUUGAAGCAGUUUGUACAGCCAGAUUACUUGCUUGAAAGUCUGAAUGGUUCGACGCCAUCGACCAAUUCGACACUAACAAAUCCAGUCACCAAAAAGUCCACUGGUUCUUUGAGAGUUCCCAGCUUCACCUUUGCCAGAGUGGUAUCUCAAGAACGUCGCUAUCCAACAGUCCAAGCUGGAGUCAACGGAGAUGAUUCAAAUGGCAAUGCCCUUUCAAGCAAAAGGACAAAUUUUCUCAAGGUUUGCUCCUGGCCAUUUUCCAAGAUUGAUGGAAGUAAUGGAAGAGCAGCGGUCAAGUCAGAGGAUGUAUCAGUGAAAGAACCAGAUUCUAGAUAUUUUCAUGAGACUUACGACCAGGUAAAAACCAUUGCUGCAUUUGACAAGCACUUGACUCCGAAUCAAAAUGCACAGAACCUGUUGUCAAACCUUCAAGCACAGCAGCAGCAGCAGCAGCAGCAGCAGCGCCCUCUCACUGGUAAUCCUAGUUUGGAAAAUAUGGGUCAACAACGAUUGGGCGAACGGGUCGAUAAGUUGGGUAAAGUGUUCAACAGAAGAAAACAUCAACAAAGGGGUAUGGAAGACGGCACGAAAAGAUGUGUUGUCUUGUCAAAUUUGGAUUCAUCAAUGGGAAUAAAUUCAGUCGUUCAACAAGUUUGCGGGGGACCUUUGGAGAAAGUGGUGCGAGUUUCCAGCCACAGGGUAAAGUUGUAUUUCAUAUUUCCACAACAGGCCAAACAGUUUUACCAAUAUGGAAGCGCAACGGGGUUGCUCAAGGUUAAUGGCAUCAGAUUGAGUGUGAGUUGGGGAGACGAUGAUUAUCGUGAAGAGACACCAAGAAAGGUAGAGGAGGAUGUUGAAAAUCACAACAAUAAUUUCGCACUGGUCAAUUUUAACAGCAACAACAACAGCAAGCCUACUUCCAAGGGCCUGUUUCUAGACCCCCAUCUGACCUUACCCAGAGCCCUUUACCACGAUAUAUUAACCAGCGGAUGUAGAAGGUGUUUAAUUGUUUCCAAGAUAAUUAUUGGGAAAAAAAUCAGGCCCGGUGACAAGAUGUUUUAUCCAGAACCUGAGAUUCAUUAUUCUCAAGAGUUGCAAAUUCAUAAUAUCAGAGAAGAUUUUGAGCAGUUUGGAGAAGUUAUGGACAUUGGAAGUGUUAUAUCAAGGAAGUUAAGCUUCAGUGUGUUUUACUACGAUAUCAGAUGUGCAAUCAAAGCCAAAACUGAAUUUGAGACAAUUGGCACCACCUUGCAUCACAAGUAUAAAGAUUGGGCCAUUUGGUAUGGUAAAGAUAUCACUGAUCGUGCUUGUUUUGUGCUCUAG